AUGGACGAAGGCAAGUUGGUAAACGUGCUAAAUGGCAUACAGAGGGCGAGCGACAAGAAUGCGAUCUACCGCAAUUUGGUCAUCAUCCGGACGCACUACGUAAACAGUGAAGGAGGAAUUAUGCUGCUGUCGGCGGGCGGAGGGAUCAAGGUGCUGGUUAAUUUGCUUACCAAACCUUAUGAAAAGGUCAUAGAGGUUGUACUGAGCAUUCUGGGCAACUGCUGCACGAAAAAAGAGUGUUGCAAACAGGCUUUCGACUGUGGCAUACUGAAUCCGUUGAUCUCAAUCAUUUCCAACAUUCCCAAUGCCAGCAUUCAGUGUCGCGGAUGUCGGUUGUUGGGCAACCUGGCCCAACAUGACCCAAUUAGUCACCGAAUUGCACGCGACAAUGCCACGACGACCGGGUACGCGCUUAGCUCGAUCCUAUCGGAAUCGGAAAACACCGCCGUUUUGAUCAUGGUAAUCCGGGCCAUCCGGCAGCUGUGGCGCGAAAAAGCGAUCCGCCAAACGCUUCUGGAGCAAGGCUGCAUCGGCAAGAUAGUGCUGUUACUCGUACGAUACGCACAGGUCGAGUGUGAUGCGUUGAUGCAAGCGGGGUCCGAGGAAAACCCGAUUCUUCCCUCGAACGAUGGAAACGACGGAGAGAAGGUCGUUCUGAAACAUUGGCAUGCCCCGGAUCGCAUGGUGACGAAAGAAAAGUUUAACAAUAUCGUGCGCAACAUGGAACACAGCCAGCUGUGCGAUAUAGUCGGCUAUCAGGUGAUUCAGAACUACCGCUGGAAGGAUCGGCACGACUUUAAGCUGCCCGAAACGGACGAAACGGUGAAGCUGUUCGACAGUGCGCUCAAAUCUCUUCAGAUGAUCACCACCACCGUGCUGCCGCAGGUGGUGGACGAAAUCUACGGUGACACAGGCUCCGGACUCAAGUGCCUGGUGUACCUUUGCGGGGAGAACAGUCCAUUCCGUGCGCUUUCAUUGAAAGUGGUCUCCAAUUUGGCUGCCAAUCCCGAUGCAAUCGAUCGACUAACAGCUUGCGGAGUGAUCAAAAUGGCAGCUGAUCUUAUCAUGUAUGCCCGGUUAGAUGAGGCCGAAAAACGUUACUGCAUCAACAUGAUGUGCCUGCUAACAAAAGAGGCGUGCAACCGAGGCCACAUCCGACGCAGUGGUGCCCUGCAAGCGUUUAUGAAGAUCGCCAAGCAGUCCCACGAAAAACGCGAACAAGCGAUGAUCUUGUACGCGCUGUACCAGUACCGCUUCGAUAGCUUAAGCAACGAGAUUCUGCUCAGCAACGGCCUCGUCAGCUUUCUCGUGCGCAUUCUUAACGGUAUCAUCGCCGAUCGGGAGGUGGCGCACAUUCGGCACGACGAGGAAUCGGAAUCGCAACCAGUGCACACGAGUCUGUUUUCUAAGCGGCGAUCGAAUUACGCCAAGGCGGGCAAAGUACGGCGCAGUGAUCUACUGUUCCACUACAAAAGUGGUAACGGAUAUCAGCACCAUCGGGCCGCGAAACAAUCGAAGCUUGAUCCGUACUGUUCGGCACCGGAGUCACCCGAAAGUGGGAGCAGCGGGUACGCCAGCACAAGCUAUAGUGCGGGAAGAAGUCCAUCCACGAGUGUCGGAUCUAGUCCACCGCGACUGCCGGAAGAUGAAGCGUUUGGAGACGAAGCGGAAAUCUACUCGCCGGUGUGCAGUGACCACGAGCAGGAAGAUGAACCGGAUGACGCGAGCAGCAGGCGGGGAAGCAAUGCUACGAAAGGUUCGCCGCGGCUGGGCAGUGGUAACCUUCUCACCGGCGAUCCGGAAGAACCACCGGGAGCGAUGGAAGACGAUGAGCUACAAAGUGAGGAAGUGGAAGCGGUUGCGGAAGAUUCAAACGAUUUCGAUGUCGUGGCGUAUCUGAUCGAGGACAGCUCCAACGCCAAGUGGUUAGAUGCGGCCGACGAGCGGGAAACGUUGCUGGCGGAGGACGACACACAUCUCGCGAAUGGAAGCGGAUGCGUGAAAACGGCACGCAGUUUGGCCAGCACGGGCGAUGACUGCUGUAUCGACGAGCAUGAAAUGUUCAAAAUCGAGCUCGACAUCUCAACGGCGAAAACGUUUGAGAAGUAUCCAAUGCAGCCGACCCUUACUUUGUUGUGGUCGGUUUCGAAAUCCUUCCCGGGGCUGGAGUUCGUACAAAACGACACACUGGAAACGCUGUUAAAAAUUUGCAAACAAUCGAAGAAACCUCGCGGCCGUGCGUUCCAAACGCUCGCCAACAUUCUCAAGCAUGUGAACCACUUUUUGCCACUAUUGAAACAGGACUUUGUGUUUCGGUUGCACGAAAUGAAGGCACCCUAUCCGGCGCACGGGGCGCGCUGCUGGAGUUGCGAUGAGAUGCGUAGCGCGUGUAACGAUCUAAUGAUCCUGUUCGGUUCGGUCGGUGAAACCGGGUACGGGCAGGGUGAGAUCGCUCACAUCCUGCGGACAGGGGAGCGCGAUCUAAAGCUUCGCGUGUCGAUCAUCGUACUGUUUGUGGUGCGAGACACGCGCCUUCUCCACAAACUGCUGUUCGAUUUGCAAGUCCUCCAAGUGGUGAUGGACUUCAUCCUCGAGGAUGCUCCGUCGGCCGGUGCAACGAACGAUACCAUCGCAGAUAGGCAACGGCUGAGUGGAAUCGCGUGCUCGGCGAUCACGCGAAUGGCCCAGAAUCUGAACAUCUACGGCGAAGAGGAAGACACGGGAACGCCGAGCGAAAAGCUCGAAGCACAGGAAUUCGACAACACGCUCACCAUCUGCGACGAGUCGGCAACCGUCAACCCCGGGGAGAGAGUAACGUUCCGGGUGCGGAGCACCGCCAACGGACCACAAGAGUCGGUGCUCGUCAGCAAAGCGCUUCUGAUCGAGGGCAGCGAAGUGUUUCGCCGGAUGUUCGAUGGGGACCACUUUAUCGAAUCGCAAAACAACGAAGUGCACCUGCAGGAACCGAUCAGUGCGGACGGUUUGCGCUAUUUCUUCUAUCUCAUCCGCUUGCAAACGGUCAACAAGUUGACGGGAAUGGCGCCGCCACCCAAGGUAAUCGAAGCGAGUCUCGACGCGCUCAGCUUGGCGCAAAAGUACCUGCUGCCGGCGGUGGAAAAAUCGGUCCUCAACAUCGUGAAAACUCUACUCAACGACGACUGCGUACUGAACGUGUUCGAGUGGUCCCUGCGCAACUACAACCAAGAGCUGCUGGUCGCCUCGACCUACUACUUCUUGUACGCCGACAUCAACGGAGCGGCCAAAUGUAAGCUUUACCGCGCGGCGAAUCGAUCGUCGUAUCGCGACGAUUGGCGGCGACUGCUCACCGAAACAAUCCUUUUCCGCGUGCAACCGAAUUCGGAGCAACUUUAAAGCAAAUACCGUGAAGCAGUGGCUGAAGCUGGCUGAAAAUUCGAUCUACACCCAACAGAUCGAUAUCGAUGUGUUCAAAUGGCUUUGACUAUUCGCGUUUGGUAAACUUGCGCUGCCCUCCGUUGCUUUUAGCGAUACUUUUGUUUUUCUCGUUACUUUCCUAGUUCUUUACAACUUCGGUGGCCAGCACCCUGAGUGAUGCCAGCACCCUGCCCCGACAUUCCAUUAAUUGCAAUCAUUGCUGACAAUGGAAUAAGUCUUGUUAUUCGUUAUACUUUUAUUUACCUAUAUUCCUACUAUACGUCUUUCCUUUUCCUUCGAGCAGCCGAGCACCAUUUUAUAUCACUUGUCGAGGUUAAGAGUUUUUUUUGUAUAUGUUUAACAGGGAUUGUAUA